AUGAGGUUCACAUCGGCCCUAGGCGCCAUCGGCGCCUCGAGUCUACUGCUCUCCGGCGUGGGCGCAGUUGAACUAGACAUUAACUCGCCAGAAUCAAUUAAAAAGGCCGCCAAGGACAUCUCUAUAAACCUCCGACAGUACUAUACCGGAGACCGACCAGGCGACACUCCUGGUAACCUUCCGGACCCAUACUACUGGUGGGAAUGCGGUGCCAUGUUCAAUGCCUUUAUCGAUUACUGGUACUACACCGGCGACGACACCUACAACGGCAUCACCACGCAAGCCCUAGAGGCCCAAAUCGGAGACUACAAUGCUUUCAUGCCUGCGAAUCAGACCAAGACGCUCGGAAACGAUGACCAAGCCUUCUGGGGAAUGGCCGCCAUGACAGCUGCCGAGAACAAGCUGCCCGAUCUUCCGGAUGGAAAACCUUCAUGGCUCUCACUCGCCCAGGCCGUCUUCAACACGCAACAAAACCGCUGGGACAUGUCUACGUGCGGUGGGGGCUUGAGGUGGCAAAUCUUCUCUUUCAACAACGGUUAUAACUACAAGAACGCCAUUUCCAACGGCUGCUUCUUCAACAUUGCCGCGCGACUCUACAAGUAUCUCGGAAACGAGACAUACGCCGACUGGGCUGAGAAGGCUUGGAAGUGGGAGCUUUCCGUCGGACUCAUGAGUGCCGACUACCACUUCUACGACGGAACCGACGAUCUCCAGAACUGCACCACCAUCAACCACAUUCAGUGGACCUACAACGCCGGUGUGCACAUGGCCGGUGCUGCUGCCCUGUGGAAUGCCACUGGAAAAGACUACUGGAAGACCAGAGUUCAGGGUCUCAUCGAUGGAUCCAAGGUUUUCUUCAAGGACAAUGUCAUGCAAGAGGUUGCCUGCGAGAACAAUGGCAAGUGUGACGUAGAUCAGCGCUCCUUCAAGGCCUAUCUCGCCCGUUGGAUGGCCUACACUGCCAUCGUCGCCCCCUGGACCCGUCCUCAGAUCGACCCUCUGCUCCAGACAUCCGCCAAAGCCGCUGCCAAGCAGUGCAAUGCAGGUGUGAACCAGACUUCAUGCGGGCUGCGAUGGGUCGACAACGGUGUCAACGACGGUAGCUUUGGUGUGGGUGAACAGAUGGCUGCCAUGGAAGUUAUACAAGGACUGCUCUACCCAACAGUCCCCGGUCCCGCAACCCAACAGUCGGGUGGUAUUUCUAAGAGCAACCCCGACGCUGGUUCUGAUGCCACCGACAAGCCCAUCACAUUCAAUGUUGUCACAACUGGUGACAAAGCCGGUGCUAGUAUUCUGACCUUUUUGGUCUUGGUCUCCAUUCUUGUCGGCGCCUGGUGGAUGGUGUCGUAAAUCCUUCUAUACGCAUCUGAACUUUUUGUAUAUCAGGAAUUUCGCAUACCACCAUGUUCCAGUAUCCGUGCCUCUCUCGGUACUGUACGCUAUUUUUUCAUUUAUUCUAGUUUUCCAUACUUGUGCAUUUUGGUGUUGGGGCGUGCUUAAUCCGGCUGUGUAGCUCUUGGACAUAAUCAGGACCAGAACU